AUGGCACAAGCGUUUCAAACCCUUAAGGUGAAUGUUAGCUAUGCAAAAGAUAAAGGAGAAAUCAAAUUAUUUUUGCUAAAGUUCGAGGAUAAAAAUGCAGGGACGCAAGGUGGCGAAAUGGAUAUCGACGUUGAAGAUGAUAAUCCUAAAAAUUAUAAAUACAUGAGACAACUUCAAUCGAUAGCAAAUCGCGAACAAGAUAGUCUUAUUAUCGAAUUAGAUGAUAUUGCUAAUUGGAUUGACAGGGCCGAGAAUGGAUUACUUAAUAGAAUUCAGACAAACACUCGGCGAUACCUUGACUUAUUCUAUCAAGUUAUCGAUGAUAAAGACAAUGGUCUAAUGCCUAAAUCUCAAAGGGAUAUCGGGAUCGAGGAUGAUGUUAUUGACGUAAUAAUGCAACAUCGAAAAGAUAGGGAUGCACAAAGAUCCGAGGAAGAUAGGACACAUUUUCCGCCUGCCUUGACUAGACGAUACACCCUCUAUUUUAAGCCUUUGACAAUGGACCGAUCACUCUCGAUCCGCGAGGUGGGAGGUUUUUAUGUAGGUCAAUUGGUUACUGUGCAAGGAAUAAUCACCCGUGUGCAUGACGUGAAGCCAUUUUUAAUGGUCGCCGGAUUUUCCUGCGAAAUGUGCGGUGAAGAAGUUUUCCAAGAAGUUACCAAGAAAACUUAUCAACCGCUCAUCGAGUGCCCGUCAGAAAAUUGUAGGACAAAUAAUGUCAAAGGAAAGCUAUAUAUGCAAACUCGAUCCUGUAAAUUUUUACCUUUUCAAGAAGUCAAAAUGCAGGAAAUGACUGAACAAGUGCCUGUAGGUCAUAUUCCCCGAUCGAUGUCUGUUUAUCUAUUUGGUCCCUUGACGCGAACAGUAAAUCCUGGGGAUGUUGUUAACCUAUCGGGAAUUUAUCAAGCUACUCCGCAUCAAAGUUAUCGAGGUUCUAAUACUCUGUUGACUGAUGUUUAUCUCGAAGGUCAAUACAUCCUUCAACUUAAGAAACAAUAUGAUAAGAUGGAAAAGGAUCCGUUGAUUCAGACAAAAAUUCAGCGUCUUUCAAAGGAUGCUAAUGCCUACACUCUGUUGGCAAAAAGUAUUGCACCGGAAAUAUAUGGUCACGAAGAUGUAAAAAGAGCAUUGUUACUGCAGCUCAUUGGUGGUGUAUCCAAAACAAUGGGAGAUGGGAUGAAAAUUCGUGGUGAUUUAAACAUAUGUCUCAUGGGAGAUCCUGGUGUGGCCAAGUCACAACUACUUAAAUAUAUAUGCAAAGUGGCACCGCGAGGAGUUUACACUACUGGUCGUGGAAGUUCCGGUGUUGGGCUGACAGCAUCGGUAGAACGAGACCCAGUAACAGACGAGAUGGGUGGCGCACUGGUCCUGGCAGAUAAUGGAAUCUGCUGUAUUGAUGAAUUCGAUAAAAUGGAAGAUACCGACCGAACGGCCAUUCAUGAAGUGAUGGAACAACAAACCAUCAGUAUUAGCAAGGCGG